AUGGAGAAGUUGUUCGAGGUUUUUCCUAGCACUGACGCUCAGAAGGUGUCGUUAGCAGCAUUCACGUUGGAAGACGACGCUCGUAGAUGGUGGAUGAUGAUCCGAGAAGGCAACCCAGACUUGACUUGGGCCAAAUUUUUGGAGCUGUUCUAUGACAAGCACUUCCUACUCAGUGUCUGGGAUCGCAAGACUACAGAAUUUCAAAUGUUGACACAGGGUAGCAAAACAGUGGCAGAGUAUGAUCAUAAAGCCAUCCCUGCAGAAACCAACCUGAACAGAAGUCAAAGUUCGGGGAAGGACCAGAAUAAGAGGCAGACCUAUGACAAUCGCGAAGAAGAGGCAGACCCGACUGAUGCCGAGGAGGAGACAAAGGUGGGCAGUUCUAACAGCACAAAUCAAGAAGGUGGUACUUGGCCGACAUGUGCAAGUUGCGGGAAGCGACAUUUUGGAGUUUGUCAUCGGACAACUGGAGCAUGUUUCGGAUGCGGUGAGAGAGGUCAUCGUAUUAAGGAUUGUCCCAAGGUAAAGGCUAGAGAGGAUAAGCAGAGAUGA